CGUCGCUGGGAGGCUGGGCGGAGCCGACGGUUCUCGCGAGAAUCGCGCUUUCCUGCCUAUAUCCGGCGCAGUCAGAAGACCUUCCGGUCUUUUGGCUUUCGGCUCGGGGCGGCAAAGGUGCAACUUUCUUCGGUCGUCCCGAAUCCGGGUUCAUCCGACACCAGCCACCUCCGCCAUGCCGCCUAAGUUCGACCCCAACGAGAUCAAAGUCGUGUACCUGAGGUGCACCGGUGGCGAAGUCGGUGCCACGUCUGCCCUGGCCCCGAAGAUCGGCCCGCUGGGUCUGUCUCCAAAAAAGGUUGGUGAUGACAUCGCCAAGGCAACCGGUGACUGGAAGGGCCUAAGGAUUACGGUGAAACUGACCAUUCAGAACAGACAGGCCCAGAUUGAAGUGGUACCUUCUGCCUCUGCCCUGAUUAUCAAAGCCCUCAAGGAACCACCAAGAGACAGAAAGAAGCAGAAAAACAUUAAGCACAGUGGAAAUAUCACUUUUGAUGAGAUUGUCAAUAUUGCCCGACAGAUGCGACACCGAUCUUUAGCCAGAGAACUCUCUGGAACCAUUAAAGAAAUCCUGGGGACUGCCCAGUCUGUGGGGUGCAAUGUUGACGGCCGCCACCCUCAUGACAUCAUAGAUGACAUCAACAGUGGUGCGGUGGAAUGCCCAGCUAGUUAACUACAAAGGAAAAUGUUUCAAUAAAGGAUCAUUUGACAACCAGUGGA